AUGCUUAGAUCCAUUGCAGUGCUACUCGUGUCUCUUGCCUUCGUCAGCGCUGCUCCCCUUCCCGAAGCGCAAAGAGUCAGUGAGGGGUACAAUACUGGCGGGUUCAAUACUGGUGGCUUCAACACGAACGGCUUCAACACUGUGGGAUUCAAUACCCAGGGCUUCAAUGGCCCUUCCGGCUCCGACUUCGAAGAAGCCCUAGACGCAGUAUUCGAUUUAGGGCCCCAGUCCUUACUUGAAAAAUUGGUCCUCUCCGCGGCUCUGCUGAGAGAGUACGACUAUGCAUUCUUUAUCCCAAGUCGACAUGGAAGGAGCGAGUGGUGGCAUAGACUUAGUGACGGCGUCGUCUGUAAACGUGACCGGGACCCUCGACGCGGACAGCCAAAAGCUCUCGUUCUGCGCCAGAUGGAUAUAGCAAACAGAGACGACGCUCUCAAGGCGCUGGGGAUUGCACGUCGGCAUCUGACUUCGGAUCCACCGAACAUUGCGGCUGCAAAGCGGUUUGCGUUAAAGUCGCUAUCGCUAUGUGAGACGAGCGAAGCCAGCAAUCUCCUCGAAAAGAUUCGGGUCGCGGAAGAAGAGGCCAAGAAUGAACGGCAAUCCGCCCACGACAGCCCAACUGCAAAUGGCCACGCAACAGGAGCAGAGGCGCAUGCCAGCAGCGAAGGAAUGCAUCACCGAACUACGCACCAUACCAGUUCACCAAACGGAGAUGCAAAAGCGUCCAGCAAAGGCACGACAAAGGAUGACGAGAAACGCGAAUACACCGCCGAGCAGCUCGCAGUCGUAAAGCGAAUACGAAAAUGCAAAGUGACCGAAUAUUACGAGAUUUUGUCACUCAGCAAAGAAUGCGACGAAGCCGACGUUAAAAAGGCUUAUCGAAAGCUCGCACUACAGCUACAUCCUGAUAAGAAUGGCGCUCCAGGAGCUGACGAGGCGUUCAAAAGUAGGCCAUCUUCGCAUUGCUUUGAACACGCGGAUCGUUAUUGGUCGCUAACAAUAUCUCCUCGUCUAGUGGUAUCGAAAGCGUUCCAAGUCUUGUCUGAUCCUGCCCUACGGUCCGCGUUUGAUCGUGACGGUGGUGACCCAGAAUCGAGAUUCCCUUCUGGGAUGCGCUCAGGUGGUGCAGGUAUGCGAAGUCCCUUCGGCGCCAACGGGAGCUUCGAAGGAGAGAUCAGUCCCGAAGACCUCUUCAACAUGUUCUUUGGAGGAGGAUUUGGUCAGGGAGGGUUCGGGCCAGGUGUUCAAUUCGGUGGCUCGCCGUUUGGAGGACCAGUGUUUACGACGACAUUUGGUCCAGGUGGAUUCGCCUCUACUCGGGCCCGACCGCGUCAAGCCAAUGCACGUCCACAAGAGGCGCCUCGAGGGAUCAAAGGAAUGCUUCUUCAACUGUUCCCGAUCCUUUUCUUCCUCUUCAUGGCAUUCUCCGGUACUUUUUUCGACCUGUUCGCCUCUUUCUUCACCACUCCCGACCCAACCUAUUCAUUCGCCUAUUCGCCUCAUUUUUCACUCGUGCGAACUACAGGAGGCAAACUCGACAUUCCAUAUUUUGUGCACCCGGAAUCGUUCCACGCGCACCCAAUAUAUGCAAGUACCAACGAGGCGGGAUCAAACUCCAAGGAAGUCAAGAGCCCCGAGUUGAAACGGUUCGAAAAGGGUGUCGAAGAGAAGUGGAUCAAUAUGAAGUACAAUGAGUGCGCUCGUACAAAAGAAUAUGUAGAGCGAAAAGUCGAGAGCAUGCGUGGCGUAUUUGGUAUCGGUGCUGACUGGGAAGGGAUCAAAAAACUUCGUAAGGAAAAGAUUCCGGCCUGCGAAGCGCUGAAGGAGAAAGGGUACCGAAUUUAA